CUCACAGCAUAGGCUCUUCGUUGCUCUCUGUUCACCGUCAUUUCCCCACACAACAUCCAUGCUCUGGAUCUCAGGAGCUCUACUCGGCUGUGUGACCUUUCUCGUGCUCACCGCGAAGGGUCUCCCAGCUCAAGCUCAACCGCCAACAACCAGCAUCGAUCGAACGAUCUCGACGCCUCCAUCGAAGCGCUGGGAUCAUACAUACUUCGGCGUCAUGUUCAAUCGCUUCGCUGACGAGAACUGCGAGAUGAAGUCGUUGGAUCGCUUCGACAAGGACGACGAGCGAAAUCGGCUGUAAAGUCUCGGAUAACGAAAAGUCUUUCUCCAGCGACCAAUUCGUGUGGCUUACACAGAUCAUCCAUCCGGAGAACUUGGAAGACUUCGGAUACUGCAGAUUGUUCGCAUACGUCGAUGAUCGCGGCACUCAUGGCGCAGCGUGGAUGGACUGGGCAAACAGCGGGAACCCAAUGAAUGCUUGCCUGAAAAUGAAGAAGGGCCCAGCGAAGGCCGUCAGAUUGGAAUGUCGCCGCCACUCCGCAACAUGGAGUCCUACUCCUGAUGGUCCGGGUUGAAGGCAACCACCGAAUCAGCCUCCAACACCAUGCAAGAUACUCGUCUGUGCCUG